AUGAAAUCUAAACGCUCAAAGAAGCAAGCGCCUAUCGUCGACGAUCCGGUCAUAGAAACUCGCCUCGAAGCCUCAACUGCCGCAACGAGCGUUACUGGACAUCAGGAAAUAGAUUGGACUGAGGCAUUGCUUGACUUGCCGAACGAGCUUUUGGAGGAUAUAUGCCUUUAUCUUCAUCCGUUAGAUGUUGUAAAAUGGCGUCAACUAUGUAGUCGCUUUAAGCAGCUCAUUGACAAUUCAAUCGAACUUCAGCUUCGUAUCGACCUGGCGAUUGACGGCUAUUUACUCGCACAUAGAGGUACAGAACCUGCAAAAGAUGUGAUAGAGUUCCAUCAAAAGAGAAGGAAGGCCUUGGAGUCUAUGCAAUUUUUCACGAGUUGGGAAGAGCCUAUCGCUGUGGGGGAUAUGGGUAACUUUGAAGUCUGUGAUGGUAUCUUUGCCCAGACAUUGACUAGUGACACAAAUAGGGAGAACUUCAGGGCGCUCGUUUAUAAAGAGGUGAUACCUCCACAAUCUCGCAAGAAGAGAUGGGUUCGCACGUGGGAGGACUUGGGCAUAGGCAUCACAGACUUUUCUUUCUGGGCGCAAGGGGAUUUCCAGAUGCUGAUGGAACCACGCGAUGAGAAGUGA